CGCAGCGCCGUACGGCAGCAUGGCGGCGCCCGGAACCGCGGAGGCGGCGGCGGCGGCGCUGGUGCAGUACGUGGUGCUGCGGGGGGACCUGGCCCGGCCGCCGCAGUCGUGGCCGCUGGGCGCGGUGGUGGCCCAGGGCUGCCACGCCGUGCUGGCCGCGGCGCAUGCGCACCGCCAGCACCCCGACACCCGCGCCUACCUGGAGCUGGGCGGCACCAUGCGCACCGUCGUGCUGGAGGUCCCAGAUGAAGCAGCCCUGAAGGCACUGGCAGAGACCCUGCAGCAGCACAGCAUUGACCAUGAAGUGUGGACUGAGUAUCCCCAGAAUGUCACCACCUGCCUGGCGCUUAGGCCCUAUCCCAAGGAACAAGUGUACCAGUACCUGAAGAAAUUUAAGUUGCUGAAAUGACCAGGACUAGCUGAGCUUGCCCCUGGGCAGGAGCAAAGCUGCCGUGUCUCAGAGUGUGCUAAUGCUCAGCAGCAGGCAGUCUCCUCUCACCUGGCAAUGGCAGUUACACAGUGCGAAAUGGCUCUUUACUGGGGAGGAUUAAACAUUUUUCUGUGCAGAAUGUA